AUGGGGGUGCUCAUCGGAACGCUAAUCCCCACUGUCCUCGCCGCCGCAUUGGAGCAAAUCCCCUUCGCCACUGUCGUCAGGUCUCACACUCGAAUAUUCAAGAACCAUAUGUAUGAGAAGGGAAAUUUUAAGGAGUCUUUAUGUGAAGAUGCUCAAGGAUUGCUUGCUUUGUAUGAAGCAUCUUAUAUGCGGGCGGAAGGCGAAAAAGUACUAGAUGAUGCCCUCGAGUUCACUAAAACUCACCUUGCUAUCAUGGCAAAGGAUCCUUCUUGCGACUCUUUAUUGAGAGCCCAAAUACAAGAAGCACUAAGGCAGCCUCUCCGGAAAAGGUUGCCAAGGCUAGAGGCUGUGCGUUACAUACCUAUUUACCAACAAGAUGUUUCCCACAAUGAGGUCUUACUGAAGCUUGCAAAGUCUGAUUUUAAUGUCCUUCAUAAUAUGCACAAGGAGGAACUUAGCCGAAUUUGCAAAUGGUGGAAAGACUUGGACAUGCAAAAGAAACUACCUUACGUUCGAGACAGAUUGAUAGAAGGCUAUUUUUGGAUACUGGGGGUCUAUUUUGAGCCUCAACAUUCUCAUACGAGAAUAUUUUUAAUGAAAACCUCCAUGUGGUUGAUUGUUCUGGAUGACACAUAUGAUAACUAUGGAACUUAUGAUGAACUCAAGAUCUUUACUGAUGUUGUUCAAAGGUACACUUUAAAUCAUCACCAAGAAAUGGAGGAAUCACUUGAAAAGGAAGGAAAAACAUACCAGAUCCACUAUGUGAUAGAGAUGGCAAAAGAGGUGAUUGAAAACAACUUAGUUGAAGCCAAAUGGUUAAAAGAGGGGUACAUGCCAACUCUUGAAGAGUACAUGUCUGUUUCAAUGAAGACUUGUACCUACGGCUUGAUGAUAACAAGAUCUUUUGUUGGUAGGGUUGAUCAUAAGGUCACUGAAGACACCUUCAAAUGGGUCGCCACAUAUCCACCUAUUGUUAAAGCUGCAUGUUUGGUUUUAAGGCUAAUGGAUGAUAUUACCACCCACAAGGUACUAAAUACACACAUAUAUACAUACAUAGCUAAGGAGUAG